AUGCACGAGUUAUCUAAAAAUAUCGAAGAAGAAAGCAAAAAUUUCAAGGCAUCUGUUCUGAGAAUUACUGAGAGGACUUUGAAAGGAGCUGGUGAUGAAAUCGAAGAUUUCUUCGGCGAAGUGCCAAAUACCGUUGCUGAAAAAGUAAACAAUGGUGUAGGAGGAUUGUUAACAAAAGCUGAUGAAGGCAUAUCGUGGAUCUUCAGAAAUAUCAUUGUUCCAAUAAUUUCAUUAUUUAUUCUUAUUGCACUAAUUUAUUUAGCGGUUAUAUCCGGGUGCUGUGGCUUUUGCUGCUCGUCGUGUUUAGCUCUUUUAUGUGAACCAGUUAGAAAUCGCUUUAAGAAAACUGGUAACACUGUUAGCAAUGAAAGAUUUGUAAUAGUUUGCAAAUCUACAGAUGAUAGUGUACCACUAACUUAUGUCUAA